AUGUUUUUUUUUGCUACAUAUUUUUUAUUUUUCUAUGUUUUAAUUUUAUAUUUUAAUAUUCCAUUAUACUCAAGCAAAAUAAAAAUAAAAAGAAUUUACAAUGAAAGAAUAUAUAAUUUGAACUUUUUAAACAAUUUUUAUAAAUAUAGAUUGAAUAGAAGUAAAAAAUUAAAUGUUCUAAUCAAUUCACCAGCUCAAGUAAAAUUAUCAGAAAUAGAAGACAAUAGAGAUAGGAGUGGGAAGUAUUGUGUAAUUGAAAUAUGCGGAAAAAUAAGAUGGAUUGAAGAAGGUAGAUAUUAUGAUUUUUUUAGAAUCAAACAAGAAGAAAACAAAAAAAUUUAUUUAAACAGAGUAUUUUUUUACAAUAAUGAAGAAGGUAAGUUGUUUUUUGGUAAUCCUUUUCUAGAUAACGUAAGAAUUAAAGCUACAAUAUUAAAUCAUUUUAGAGGCAAGAAAAUAUAUCGCUUAAAAUUUAAACGAAAAAAAAAUUAUAAAAAAUUCUAUGGUCAUAGACAAGAGAUGACAAGAAUUAUCAUAGAUAAAAUUGAAUGUAAUAAUGAAUUGAUUGGUGAAGAAACAAGAAAAUUUAAUUUUUUUAAAGACGAUUCUAUUUAUUAUAUUCUGAAUCGUAUACAUAAUAUAGUUAAACCUAGUUCUGAAUUAAAAUACUUAAAAAAACAUUUUAUGGAUUAUUUAAAUUCAUUUUGCUCUUUAAAAUUUGAAACAUUUUAUAAACAUAGAGGAAAUUACAAAAAAGAAAAAAUGCUUCGAAAUAUCUUAAAAACAAAAAAAUUAAGUAAAAGACCUGAAGUAAUUGAAGAAGUUAAAAAGAUAGAAGAAGAAAAAAGAAAUAAACGUCUUAAUAAAAUUGAUCCCUUAGACGAAUUUGAUCCCAUUGCUAAUGAAUUUAUGAUAAAGGAAAAUUUUUACACAUAA